CGGGGAAAUGCUUCGUCUCCAUACAUGUUCAUAUUCGCUUGGCAAUGUAACGGCCGCCGGCCAUUUGCCGCAGUGUUGUAAUAUAUUUUGCUGAACCUUCUCCUUAUAGAUAUCCGGUCCGAAUUGCAGCAACCACGGGCGGCCACUUCCCGGACGCGCGCGUGCGAAGUCUUGAUAUUAUAUGAUCGCCUUUGUGGAUCACAUUUCUAGUGAUAUAUAUAACGAAGAGCUCUGAUUUCACCUGAGCUUGAUUCACGAUCUAUAGUUACUUUUUUGCAUUCGUGUAAAUAUUUUAGUAGUAGCCGUGAUCUCAGAGAUGGCCCCUCUCUUCCAAGGAGCUACACUGCUUCUCGCAGCAUGUUCAGCUGUCUCGGCGCUACCGGCACCUGAGGCCAAGAGAGACAUCACCGAAAACUGCACCGAUAUCAAGUACCGUGUGCCAUGGACCUCGCUCACCGACGAUGAGAAAUCUUCCUAUAUACAGGCAGAUCUCUGCUUGAUCGCUGCCCCGUCCAAGGCUGGUAUCGAAGGUGCCAAGACGCGCUGGGACGACCUUCACUGGCCCCAUAUCUACCAGACUGUUUGGGUCCAUGGUGUGGGUGCCUUCCUGCCAUUUCACAGGUACUACAUGACGGUCCACGAGAACCUCAUCCGCGACGAGUGCGGGUAUACUGGGCGCAUGCCGUACUGGGACGAACUUGGAGACAUCAACUCAGUCAUCGCCGACCUGGACAUGUUCCGGGACGAGUACUUUGGCGGUGACGGCACUGGCUCGGGUCGCUGCAUUGAGACCGGCUCCUUUGCCAACAUGAGCCUUUCCUUUGGUACUAACGCCGUUGAUGCUAACGGAGGCCACUGUGUCUUCCGCAGCUUCAGUGAACGACAGCUGCAGCAGGCUGCUCAGUCGAACAUAGACAGGUGCAUGGCGAUUAAUAACUAUACUAGUGCAUGGAAUUGUUGGGCAGGAUCUCCCCACGGCGCCGGCCAUGGUGGUAUAGGUGGUCUGAUGGGCGAUCCUACAUAUUCUCCCGGCGACCCUGGGUUCUAUCUUCAUCACACGUACCUCGACAAGCUCUGGUGGGAGUGGCAGAAGGCCGACUACCCAGCCCGUCUCACUGACAUUGGCGGCCCGAACAUCCCCCGAGGGACGAGAGAAGGAAGCUCGGGAUACCCCCCUACUUCUGUAACGGACUACUGGGGCGACGGCGGUGGCUCCGUGACUACCUUGAACCAUGUUCUAUGGAUGGCGGGUAUUGCGCCUAACGUUACCAUUGGCGACAUCAUGAACUUAAAUGGCCCUACGAUCUGUGUCGAAUAUUUAGACGAAUAG